AUGGCGCUCCGCAUCAAACCCACACUUUUCACAACGAUUACCAAAGCACGCCCUCUACGAACCCUCGAUCCGCUCUACCCGCUCCAAUCCCACCUCCUCCGCCCCAUCACAACCUCAACCCACAAGGCCCCCAAACGCGACCCGCGCAACCAAGAAUCCCAGCUCCUCACCGAGCUCGACCGCACAACCCUCUCCCCCGAACGCGCCGAAACCGCCUACUCCGGCACGGACAACGAAGUCGGCGCCGACACGUACGCCUACGACCCGAGCGUGACAUCCCCCGAGGUCGAAUUCCAGUCGUUCGAGGAGGAGAUCCGGCUCGAGGGUGAGGUCGAUCCGCUCUUUAUCUCACCAGCGAAUCGGGAUUUCAGCCAGGCGAUUGAUCGCGAUUUGGAUGGGAGGGCGAUUGUCCGUGAUAAGGGGGAUCGGUGUGGGGCGGCGGGGAGUGUGAGGGGGUGGGUGAAUAAGCAUGGGACUGUGAAGCUUCGGAAGGGGGAGAAGGGGGAUGGGGAGGCUGGGGGGGAGUAUGAGAGGUUGUUGAGGGGGUUGAGGAGGGUGCAGAUGAAUCGAGUUUCCGCGAUGGGGAAGGAGCAGAGGAAGGAAGGUUAA